AUGGCACCUAUUUUCAUCAAGACGGUUUUAAUCAGUGAAAGUGUUGACCCUCGUUGCAAGACUAUUCUGGAGGAAAAUGGCAUCCGAGUUACGGAAAAACAGAAUAUGAAAAAGGAUGAAUUGAUGGCGGAGAUUAAGGACUAUGACGGCCUUGUGGUUAGAUCUGCAACAAAGGUAACAGCUGAUAUCAUCAAUGCUGCAAAUCUCAAAAUCAUCGGGAGAGCUGGAACUGGUGUGGACAAUGUGGAUGUUGAUGCUGCCACCAAAAAGGGUAUUAUUGUAAUGAACACACCGAGUGGGAACACGAUCAGUGCUGCCGAGCUGACAUGUGCCCUGCUGAUGAGCCUCUCAAGAAAUGUGCCUCAAGCUGCAAUGUCGAUGAAACAAGGGAGCUGGGAUCGCAAAAAGUUCAUGGGUGCAGAGCUGUAUGGCAAGGUCCUUGGAAUAGUUGGUCUUGGAAGAAUUGGAAAGGAAGUCGCCUCAAGAAUGCAAUCAUUUGGCAUGAGGACAAUUGGCUAUGAUCCAAUCACCCCUCCUGAGGUGACUGCCAGCUGGGGGGUGGAGCAGAUGUCUCUGGAGCAGCUGUGGCCCCAGUGUGACUAUAUUACUGUCCACACUCCCCUAAUGCCCUCUACUGUUGGUCUGCUCAAUGAUGAAACGUUUGCUAAAUGCAAGAAAGGAGUAAAGGUUGUGAACUGUGCACGGGGGGGCAUCAUCGAUGAAGAUGCUCUCGUCAGAGCUUUGGAGUCUGGACAGUGCGGAGGAGCAGGACUUGAUGUCUUUGUUGAGGAGCCUCCUAAGAACCGCUCAUUGGUCGACCAUCCUAAUGUCAUCAGCUGUCCUCACCUGGGAGCCAGUACGAAGGAGGCUCAGGCUCGCUGUGGGGAGGACAUCGCUCUGCAGAUUGUGGACAUGGUGAAGGGCAAGAAGCUAGUUGGAGCAGUAAAUGCACAGGUUCUGGCCAGCACGUUCUCCCAGGAAUCUCACCAGUUGAUCAAACUGGGAGAAGCUGUUGGAGCUGUUCUGCAAUCAUGCACUACUUCUUCUAAGACGACGUUAAAACAUGUCAAAAUCACUACGCAAGGGGAUUGUAUGAAGACCUCCACUGGUUACAUGGCUUCAUCAGUACUGGUUGGACUGCUGAACCAUGAAUCUGGCUGCUGCCCGAACCUCAUCAAUGUACUCAGCCUAGCCACAGAGUCUGGAAUCACGGUGACCCAGAACCACUGUGAAUCUGAUGGGGCGGCCAGUGGCGUGUGUAAGGUGGAGAUUGUGGCCAACGGCAGCAGCUACAAAGCCAGUGGCUCAGUUCAAGGUGGUGUACCAGUCCUAUUGGAGCUGAGCGACAGUGUGUUCAAACAGUCGGUCUCUCUCACUGGAAACUUGCUGUUUUUCAAGGCCUCUGCAAGUCCUCAACUCCUAUCUUCAGUGGCUGGACUGUUGGCCACAGAGGGAGUGGAGAUCGAGUCCUACAGUGCUCCCGCAGGCCGCACCAGGGACAUGUGGUUUUGUGUGGGGGUGUCCUCUCUCCUGCGAGACCUCAGUGCCUUGAAGCCUUUGGUACAGGAGGCUUCACAGCUCACUAUUUAAAUGACCGCAGCAAUGCUAUCUGAAAGACUUCUACUGAGAGUGUCUGAGUAGAAUUGAUCUCUCUUGGUUUUAGCAUUUACAACUAACCGCUUUGUUUAGAAGUUGAACAUUUGCGGUUUAAAACUUUGAUUUUGAUAACAUUCCAGUGUUUAGACUACAUGAACUUUGUUAAAGUAAAAAUAUAAAUUAAAUUCUUUCAGUGUCAAA